AUGCUGCAGAUCUUGCCAGAUUCAUGUCCCUCCAAUGACAGCGCCAAAGCCGCCGUUGAAAGACGGCGCGACGUGCUUCUGGAGCAAGCAGUACAUGCCAGCACAGCCCAGCUGCAAGCAACCCUUCCAGUGCGUCGCCUCCAUCUGCCCAUCAAUCCCAUCUGCCCCAUCAAUCCCAUCUGCCCCAUCAAUCCCAUCUGCCCCAUCAAUCCCAUCUGCCCCAUCAAUCCCAUCUGCCCCAUCAAUCCCAUCUGCCCCAUCAAUCCCAUCUGCCCCAUCAAUCCCAUCUGCCCCAUCAAUCCCAUCUGCCCCAUCAAUCCCAUCUGCCCCAUCAAUCCCAUCUGCCCCAUCAAUCCCAUCUGCCCCAUCAAUCCCAUCUGCCCCAUCAAUCCCAUCUGCCCCAUCAAUCCCAUCUGCCCCAUCAAACCUUGUCGCGUUCGAGUAGUUAGUCGUACCUCCCGGUGCGUGGUGAAGCAGGUGCUUCCCGCGUCGCACGAUAAGCUCUUCCAAGGCGUGUGCGUCGACUCCUAUAACUCCAACGACUACUGCAUCUAUCAGUCCGUGUCGUACGCCGUGGGCACCACCAGCAUCACCGCCAGCUAUGCCUGCCCCAACUGCACCUGCUCGCGCCUCUCCGGCGCUGCCGGCGCGUCGUGCGAGUGCGAGCCGGGGCCGCGGUGCCGCGUGGACGUUGCGGGGAAGCCGGUGGGCUCCGUGUGCUCCGGGCGCCAGAGCCUGUGUGUGGUCAACCAGGUCAAGAAGGUGAAUGUGGGCACCUGCACGCACCCCGCAAUGUCCGCGGGGCAGUGCGUCUCCGCAGGGCCCGGGUGGGGCCCCAUUUUCUACAGCAGCGGAGUGGCAUCGGGGGCGAUCAGGGCGGGCAACAUGUGCCAGCGCUGUGCGUGCACCAAGGGCCAGUUCUCUAACUGCCGCCGCAUCAAGGGAUGCAAGAUGUGCGUGCCCAAGAAGGGGGCAGGCGAGGUAACAGCGCAGUGCGUGGCGUGCUGCAAAGGGGCACAGGGCGACGCUAAUGUCAAGGCGUGCCUGGCAGCGUGCGGGAGGGUCACGCUUUGA